CGCCAGUGUUGUCAAGGGAAACGAGUUGCCACUCCAUGUGACAGAUCCAAAGUUGCAAACAAACAAAUUAACUGGAAUACAGCACAGGUGUACCAUGGCUGGAAAGAAAAAAGAAAUAUCACUUCAGGUCGCCGUUAACAACCAAGAGCAAUGGGAUGAUAUGCUUGCAAUGAAAGGGUUAAAGGUGGUGGACGUGUACCAGCAGUGGUGUGGGCCCUGCAGAGCUGUCGUCAGUCUCUUCAGGAAAAUUAAAAAUGAACUGGGGGACGACCUCUUACAUUUCGCUACGGCUGAAACUGAUGGCACUGAUUUCCUAGAAAGAUAUCGUGGAAAGUGUGAACCCACCUUUCUGUUUUAUGGUGGAGGUGACCUGGUGGCUGUAGUGAGAGGGGCCAACGCUCCCCUCCUCCAGAAGACUGUCCUGGAGCAGCUGGCAGUGGAGAAGAAAGUGCUGGAACAGGGAACCGAACGCAAAGUGAUACAAGAUGAAGGGCUGGUGGUGGAGGAGGAAGAAGAAGAAGAGGAGGUGAUUGAGAAGGAAGAAAGUGAUGAAGAUGUUCUGGUUCCUGACAGUAAAGCCUACACCAUGGCAAUCAUCAAACCUGAUGCAGUCGCACAUGGCAAAGCAAAUGAAAUAAUCAUGAAGAUCCAGGAAGCUGGUUUUGAGAUUUUGGCACAUGAGGAAAGAACACUGAGUGAAUCCGAAGCUAGGGAUUUCUACCAGCACAGGACUGAAGAGCCCUGCUUCGAGGAGCUGGUCCAGUUCAUGGCCAGUGGCCCCUCUCAUGUGUUAGUGGUCUCAAAGCCGGAGGGCACGGAUGAUGUCAUCCCUGCAUGGAGGGAGUUCAUUGGUCCCACUGACGUGGAAGUUGCCAAGAGAGAAAAGCCUGACAGUCUGCGAGCACAGUAUGGUACAGAGACUCUGUUCAACGCCGUCCAUGGCAGCGACAACAGUGAGCAGGCCAGCAAGGAGCUCGCUUUCUUCUUCCCCAACUUCAAAACCUCUUCUGAGGGGGAGCAGCCAGAGGAGAGAGCUGUGGAGAGGACGCUGGCUCUCAUCAGGCCCGACAUCCUGAAGGAUAGGAAAGAGGAGAUCCUGUUGCGGAUCCAGGAGGCUGGCUUCACCAUCGCCAUGCAGAAACAGGUGAUGCUUUCAGAGCAGCAGGUGCGCGAGUUAUACAGGGAGCAUUUGGAGGAGGACUACUUCCCAGCACUGCUUAACAACAUGACCAGUGGCCCUGUGCUUGCUGUUGCUCUGGCUAAGAAGGGAGCUGUGGAACACUGGAGAAACAUCCUGGGACCCAAAGACGUCACCCAGGCCAAGGAGGAAGCGCCUGAAAGCUUCAGGGCACAGUUUGCAGCAGAGAGUGUCCCAAUAAACCAGCUGCAUGGCAGUGCCACGAGUGAAGAGGCUGCCAGGGAGCUGUCUUUCUUCUUCCCCAAAGAGCAGACCCUGGCAGUCAUCAAGCCUGACACAUUGGAGGAACACAAAGAUGAAAUCAUAGAGCAGGUGCAGGAUGAAGGUUUCACGAUAUCCCAAAUGAAGGAGACUGUCCUGUCCAGGGAGAUGGCUGAGGAGUUCUACAAAGAGCACAGAGGCAAACCCUUCUUCAAUCAGUUGGUUGAUUACAUGUGUCGAGGCCCCUGUCUGAUGAUGAUACUGAGCAAGGAGAAUGCAGUGGAGGAGUGGAGAGCCAUGAUGGGCCCCACAGAUCCGGUUGAAGCCCAGGAGAAGGCCCCAGACUCGCUCAGGGCUCGCUUUGCAAAGGACAUCCUGGAGAACUCUGUACAUGGCUCCUCCAGCCAGGAGCAAGCCAUGGAGAAGAUCAAGUUUGUGUUCGGAGACAUUGCAGUGGGACCAGACGGGGCCCUUCAGGGCCUAGAACCAGAGCUUGACAGGGUGGAUGACUUAGAAGCUCUUAUAAAAGAUGGAGAUAACAUAGAACAGAAAAAAGACGAGCAACAUAAAGAUGGGGAGAAUCACAAUGAAGAAGUAGAUGCUGAUACUGCAGAUCAACGGUCACUUCACAAAGUGGAGGAAUCUGUAAGUGUUCCAGUGCAGGAAUCUACAGACCCUGAGAGCCGCAGGGAAGGAGAUGCUGAUACCACAGACCAGCAGUCUGUUCACAAAGAGGAGGCACUUGAAAGUGCGGCAGUGCAGCAAUCAGCAGACACCGAGAACCCCACUGAAGGAGGAGGGGAAGCACCUUGACUUGAUGGACUUUUACUGCUGUAAAUGAUGAAAUGUGUCUACAACUGUAACUAUACCCAUAACCAGGCUUUGCAAAGCAAGACUGAAUCACACCACACUGUGCCAUGGAAGGAAAUUCCUUUGUCUAAUUAAAAGAAGGUGUCAUCUUUUGAUUCCCCCAACAUUUUAAUAUCACUCUAUAAUGUGAUGUGUUUUACCCUCAUUUUCUAAAAUAUUAUAUAGAAUAUUAAAACUAUUCUACAAAGUAAAUUAUUUAUUUAUAACACUGUCUUUAAGACCCUGAAUCAUUAUUCAUUUUAAGGAAUUAACAUCAUUAUUAAGAGUUACUGUAGAUGCAAUGUUAUUUUUCUUUUCUUUUUUUUUUAUAUCUAUGCAUUAUUACAUACCUGGUCCAUUUUUUUAUUUUUAUUUUAUUAAACAGGAAUCAGGUUAUGUAUUUCAGUAUUUAUUGCAUGCAGUAUGGUGUAUGCAUUUGUCCUUUAUAAUUGUAAGAUAUAUUUUUGGUGGCUGAGAUGUGUUGUGUGAUAGGGUACAUAUGGCAAAUAAGCAACUCUUACAAAAAUGAACAAAAGUUUACAGUAUUGUACACCAAAAUAAUAUAAUGUAAAUCAACUGUGUAUGUACCCUAACAAAAUGUAUAACUGAGUAUACUAGAUCAAAGUAUACUAAAAGUACUAAUACUGUGCUGUCCUUCUACUUUUCAUAUUUAAAUAUACUAUAUGUGUUUUACUGUA